AUGGGACGCCUGCAUUGUCGCGAAGUUCACAUUACAGUUCUCCUCCUUCAUCUACCGCCUCUUCUUAUUCUGGAACCGGCCAUCUAUAUUUCGUUGUCGAUUUAUAUCCUCCUGGAUCUAGAAGAUGUGACAGAUUUCGAAGAUCAGAGUUUCUCAUUCCAGCUAGAUAGUGAGAGUACCGGCUAUAUUUCAAAAGACAUCCUUCAAGCGCUCUAUGGAUGGUGUGGGGUAUUCUUGACGUUGUUGAAUCUGCAACUUAACGGAGCACUGGGAGUGCCGUUGAAUCGAAAAGGUGAGCGCGGACUUUUGGGACCUUCAGUUGGUCGGUGGCCUCCUUGA